AUGGCUCCAGGCGGUGGUGGAAAUAUUAAGGUGGUGGUGCGAGUGCGGCCUUUCAACAGUCGAGAGAUCGAACGCGGCGCAAAAUGUAUCGUAUCGAUGAAAGGCUCGCAGACCGUGCUCACCCCUCCACCUGGCGCAGAAGAUAAAUCACGGAAAGGUGGAAAGGGCGCCAUCGAAGGGAAUAAAGUCUUCGCCUUUGACCGAUCAUAUUGGUCUUUUGAUAAGAAAUCCCCGAAUUAUGCCGGACAAGAUGAUCUUUUCGAUGAUCUGGGUAGUCCACUUCUUGACAAUGCUUUCGGUGGUUACAACAAUUGUAUCUUCGCGUAUGGCCAGACCGGUUCCGGAAAGUCAUACUCCAUGAUGGGUUACGGCAAGGAGUACGGUGUGAUUCCACGGAUUUGUCAGUCGAUGUUCGAGCGCAUCACAGCGAUCCAGGCGGACAAGUCUUUGAAUUGCACGGUUGAAGUGUCUUACCUCGAAAUCUACAACGAGCGGGUACGCGAUUUGCUCAACCCGUCGAACAAGGGCAACCUGAAAGUCCGUGAGCAUCCGUCAACGGGUCCAUACGUCGAAGAUUUGGCUAAGCUUGUCGUUGGGUCCUUCGAGGAAAUUGAGAACUUGAUGGACGAGGGCAACAAAGCGCGUACGGUGGCUGCGACUAACAUGAACGAGACGUCAAGUCGAUCACAUGCCGUCUUCACCCUGACGUUGACGCAGAAGAAACACGACGCGGAGACUUCGAUGGAUACCGAGAAGGUGUCUAAAAUCAGUUUGGUCGAUUUGGCCGGUUCAGAAAGAGCCAACUCGACUGGAGCAACCGGUGCGCGAUUGAAGGAAGGUGCGGAGAUCAAUCGCUCGUUGUCAACGCUUGGUCGUGUCAUCGCCGCACUCGCCGAUGUCUCUGCCGGAAAGAAGAAAAACGCAUCCAUGGUACCAUAUCGUGAUUCAAUUCUGACAUGGUUGCUGAAGGACUCCCUUGGUGGUAAUUCCAUGACAUCCAUGAUUGCGGCAAUUUCGCCUGCAGAUAUCAAUUUUGACGAAACUCUUGGUACUUUGCGAUAUGCCGAUUCCGCAAAGCGUAUCAAGAACCAUGCUGUUGUCAACGAAGAUCCCAAUGCUCGCAUGAUUCGCGAACUCAAAGAGGAACUGGCACAACUUCGAUCAAAACUUGGAGGUGGGGUAGGACCUGGAGGAGCAGCUGGUGCCAUCGGUGGAGUAUUACCCCCUGACACACCCUUGGAGAAACAGAUGGUCUCUAUCCAACAGCCCGACGGAAGUGUCACUCAAGUCAGCAAGGCGGAGAUUGUAGAACAACUUAACCAGAGUGAGAAGCUUUAUAAAGAUCUCAAUCAGACAUGGGAAGAGAAGUUGCAGAAUACAGAGCAAAUCCACAAGGAACGUGAAGCAGCUUUGGAGGAACUGGGAAUCAACAUCGAAAAGGGUUUCAUUGGACUGAGUACACCAAAGAAAAUGCCUCAUUUGGUCAACCUUAGUGACGAUCCUCUUCUUGCGGAAUGUUUGGUCUACAACAUCAAACCUGGCACCACCACAGUUGGCCACAUGGAUCGAGCUCAAUCAGUCGAGAUCCGAUUGAAUGGAUCCAAGAUCCUCGAGAAGCACUGCACCUUCGAAAAUGUGGAUAAUAUUGUGACCAUUGUACCCACCGAAGGCGCCGCUAUUAUGGUGAACGGCCUACGGGUCGACAAGCCCACGCGACUUAAGAGUGGUUUCCGAAUCAUUCUUGGCGACUUUCACAUUUUCCGAUUUAAUCAUCCCCAAGAAGCCAGAGCCGAACGAGUUGAACAGAGCUUAUUGCGCCAUUCCGUCACCACGAGCCAGCUAGGGUCACCAGCGCCCACUAAAACGCAUGAUCGAAAUCUCAGCAAGGCUGGAUCUGACGUGGAUGGCGAUUCGAGCAGGGCAGACUCACCUAUGCCUUCACAGCGAGGUCGCGAGUCGGACUGGUUCUUAGCUCGCAGAGAAGCUGUCAGUGCUAUGGUUGGUCCAGACCAGAUCGCGCAUUUGCCCGAUGAUGAACUAGACACAUUGUUGGAGGAUGUGCAGAAGGUUCGAGCUGGUCGGCGUGGUGUUCCUGAAGAGGAGGACUCCGACUCCAUCAGUUCCUUCCCGAUCCGAGACAAGUAUAUGUCGAACGGAACUAUCGACAACUUCUCACUAGACACCGCGAUUACGAUGCCAAGCACGCCCCGUCAGAACGAUGAUGACGAGGCAAACGGCGUCGCAUCACUUCAUCAAGCUCGUCAAGACAUGCAGCGGCAGCUGGAUCGCCGCAAGGAAGAGUUCCAAGAGAAACUCAAGACCGUGGAGGCCACCGAUCCGGACUCGCCGGAGCUGCGCACCGAGAAAGAGCGAAUGGAGUACGCACUGCGAACAGCCAAGGAGGAAUUCGAAGAGCAGCUUCGGAAACAGAAGGAGACCUUUGAAACCCACAUUCGUGACAUGGGCAAGCCAGUUCCUAAAAUAUUUGAGAACGGCUUUGCCAAAUUGGACGAGCACGAAAUUGAGGUCGCGCGUUCAGUAUACGCCCACUGGUCCCAGCGAAAUUACGUGCGGAUGGCCGAAAAGACCUUGCAAUACGCAUCCCUUCUGAAAGAGGCCCAAGUCAUGAGCCAUAUCAUGGACAAGAAUGUGGUCUUUCAAUUUGCGAUCGUGGACCAUGGCCACAACAUGGAAUCAUCUUAUGACCUCGUGCUGAAUGGGAUAUCUGGCGACGAAGACGUUUUCCUCGACGAGGCCAAGAAGCCUUGUGUCGGUGUCAGAGUCAUUGACUACAAGCAAUGCGUGAUUCACCUGUGGUCGAUUGAAAAGCUCCAGCGUCGUCUCCAAGCCAUGCGCCAGCUUCACCAAUACAUUGAUCGUCCCGACUAUAUUCAACACUUCAAACUCGACAACCCAUUCUCCGAGCCUUGCUCGCCUCGGUAUUCUCUGGUCGGUGAUGCCGACAUACCCCUGACUGCUGUAUUCGAGACGCGCGUGCAGGACUUCUCUGUUGAGAUAACCUCGCCGUAUACCCAGAGUGUCAUCGGAAUCAUUCGUCUCUCCCUCGAACCAUCCUCCGCGCAGGCGCCCUCUUCAACUUUGAAAUUCAACGUUGUCAUGCGGGACAUGGUCGGCUUUGCGGAGUGGGAAGGAUCUGAUGUACACGCGCAGCUAUUCGUCCCAGGUAUUUCGGAGGAAGGAGGUGCAACUACAACCCAAAUGAUCUCAGGGUUCGAGGAUGGCCCAGUCCGAUUUGAAAGCGUGCACAGCAUGAGCUUGCCGUUGUCAAGUCCACGGACUGCCGCAUUGAAGGUCUGUGUCUAUGCUGCUGUGACGUCGGUUCACCUCGACAAGCUCCUUAGCUGGGACGACAUGCGUGACUCGGCAGAGCCUGUGCCGCAGAAGCGAACUGCCCCCCGAAUCGCCGAAUCUGAAUACUAUUCGGAAGAGCGUCAUGACGUCUUUGCCAGAAUCCAGAUACUUGAAAUGUCAGAAUCUGGCGAAUACCUCCCGGUGGAGGUCAUCCAGAGCAGCAGUCUUGAUGCUGGGACAUCACAGCUUCAUCAGGGACUGCAGCGCCGCAUCUCAAUCAAUAUGACCUACAGCUCAACUGAAAGCCUUCCGUGGGACAAUAUCAAUAACAUCCGGGUAGGAUCUGUGCGCCUUCUUGAUCCUUGGGGUAAGAUCCCAGAUCAGGAUUUCCAGACCCCGGACGUUCCUCUGAAGUUUGUUCAAGAGCCAAUGCUUCGAGACAAUGCCGAUGGAACUUCCAAUGUUACAAUCAUCGGCCAGUGGGAUUCCAGUCUUCACGGUUCCUUGCUACUUGACCGAGUGACUGCAGAAAAAUACCGCGUCCAAGUGACCCUCCGUUGGGAUCUCAUCUCUAGUCGUUUACAGAGCCCGGUGGUGUUCGAAGCAGACCAGACAAUUCAGAUCCAAGGUCGUACAUACGUCCGUCAACAAUCCAUGUUCAAGCAAUUCUGGAACUCCAUCCGAGUUGUGCACUCGACGACUCGCAUGUACUCCUUGGUCAUUCGACCAAUCUCAGCGAAGCGCGCUGCUGAUCUGUGGCGUAUGAACACUCAAAAUGACUACGUGAAGGGCGAAGAGCUCUUGACAACUUGGGCACCUCGAAAGGUCUCCCUUGUACGAGACUACAUUGCAAACCGCAAGCGCCGGCAGCGUGUGGCCGAGCUCUAUGCUGCCCGUGGUGCCCUCAGCGCGGGCAGCCUGGUUGCAUCGCCGGCUCGAAGUGGAAGGUCAACUCCAAUGCGGGGUACAGAUCUUAACGAACGCAAAAUGAAACUUCUGCGCAAGUACAUCGAGUUGUGGUCGCUGAAGCAGGAUCCUACCGAGAAUAUCCUUGUCCGCAGUAAUACUGAACCUCCCUCGGACGGAGCAGCACAUAUCAGGAAUUCAGAUACCAUCGGUGUGUCUGACAAGACUUCGCUCAAACCUCGCUUCAUCGCAACUAUCCAAACUCUGCCCAAAGCCCCCGAUGCCCUCAAGACGGGCUAUGUGCUGACGCCCGAUGACACCAACAGCGUCUGGGUGCGUCGUUUCGUGGAGCUCCGCCGGCCGUACCUCCACAUCUACUCGGUUCCAGAGGGAGAUGAAAUCAACGCCAUCAACCUCCGCAAUGCACGUGUUGACCAUGCGCCCGACUUCGCAAGACUAUUAGAGGGAUCAGGGGCAGGAGCCGACCGCUCACUCUCUGCCAAAGGACGGCCGAACGUGUUCGCAGUCUAUGGAACCCAGAACACCUUCCUCUUUGCCACACGCACCGAGGCGCAAAAGGUUGAAUGGAUCCUGAAAAUCGACGAGAGCUACUUCAACAGCAACAGCCCCCGUCCCCCUAUGAAUGGCGACUAA